GGUUCUCUGACCACUUUAGAGAAGAAAUAUGAGAAGAAAAAUAAAAGAAUUCUAUUAAUCUCUUAAAAAUAGAAUACAAAAAUAAAAACUUCUCUCAUGGAGGAUUCUCACGUGGAACCUCUCUCUGCACUCUCCAAUUCUCUCUGGAAUUGCUCACUCUUCUCUCAAGCUCUCUCUGGAACUUAAACACUCUCUCUCUCGGAGGUGUUCUCUCAAUAUUCCUCACUUGGGAUGAUUGAGAUUGCUCUCUUGGCUUGGUUUUCAUGCAAUGGUAAGGAGCCUAUUUAUAGGCUUACAAGGCCACAAUUUUCAACAUCUUAGCCCACAAUUGUUGAUCGGUGCAGCAAUGGUGUCAACAAUGGUGGCUGUCAACAAUGGUGGCUGUGGUUGGUGAGGUUGGUGCGGCUGUGGUUGGUGAGGUUGGUGCGGCUGGACUUCACAAUUUUCUCUCCUAACCAUAUCCUUCCAUUCUACAAUGCAACAAGACUUCUUUAACAACCUUUUGAAGAAACCAUUAGAGACAUGACUAAGCUUGGAGAUCAACCUGCAUGUGUUAUUUCCGAUUCGUUUUUGGGUUGGACUAAUGCAUCAUGUCGGAGGUUUGGCAUUCCUCGGUUGACCUUUCAUGGCAUGGGAGCUUUUGCCAUGGCAGUGAAGAAAUCUCUGUCCAUUUAUCAAACACACAGAGAAGGUGUGGAUUCAGAUAGUACAAUAAGAAAUGUGGAAGGCGUUCAACUUCCAUUUGUGCUAACCACAUCAGAUUUGCCAAACUCUCUGAGGGAAACAAAUGGUGAGAUUUCUAGAUUCUUUUUGGACGCUGAAAUAUCUGAUUUAGGAAGCUGGGGUGUAAUUGCUAAUACAAUUUAUGAGCUAGAAAAAGAUCAUGUUGGUUCAUUGCUGUCUUUGUAUGAUAACCAAACCAUGGCCUUUUGUAUAGGUCCUCUGUUUUUAUUACAUGGUCAAAUAUUGAAGGAACCAAACCCAUUUCCAACAUGGGCCAAUUGGUUGAACCAACAAGUGAUUUGGUUCUCAGGCUAAUUUGUCCCCAGAACAGCUUGAGGAAUUGGGAUAUGGGUUGGAACUUUCAGGCCGAAACUACAUGUGGGUCGUUCGUAAAAAAGAUUGGGACCCUCCAAGUACAAAUUGUGGACUUGUGGACGAUCCAAAGGUUUAAUUGUUAAGGAAUGGGUGGACCAGAAAUGGAUCUUGGUCCACCCUACCAUUUGUGGGUUUUUAAGCCAUUGUGGUUGGAAUUCAACAUUGUAAAGCAUGUCAAAUGGAGUUCCAACUUUGGCAUGGCCUAUGCAGGCUGAGCAACAUCUAAAUGCAAAGUACUUGGUUGAGGAGCUCAAGGUUGGACUCCGAGUUCCAAAUUUUUCUAGAGAUGGAAAUCUAGUGGAGAGGGAGACAAUCAGCAAAGGAGUUAGGGAAUUAAUGGGAGGAAAGAGAGGGAAGCAGGCAAGAGAGAAAGCAACGGAGUUGGGGAAGAUGGCAAAGCGGGCAGUUCAGGUUGGUGGGUCUUCUUAUAAAUCCUUGGAUAACUUUUUCAACAAACAGGGGACAUAAUAAAUUAAAACAUAGUGAUAUAUAUAUUGGGGAUAGAACAAAUGCGUGGCUUUUAUUUGGUAAGACGGUAACCUUGUUAUUAGGCUGUUCAUAUAGGAAUCAAAAUAUCUAUCCCAUUAUUCGUAGUGAAUGACAAGUAAUAUUAAAUACAAUGUUUUCCAAUUUAAUUUAUCAAAUCGUUAAAUUUCAGUCUCUGUGGAACAGCCAAGUAUCAUGCCCAUUUCCAUGAAAGGGAGAUCCAAAUAUGGAUCAAUCAUGUGACGUCAUGUUGAUGAAUGAGAUCUAAUGGUUAUAACUCAAG